AGAGGUUUGUGGAUUUCGGUUCCCGAACAUUGCUAUUUGCUAGAGUUUUCGAAACGAUUUCAUUCCGGUGCCCGUAACCACUAAUAAAGUAAUAAAACACGAUCAAAUAGUAGUGUUAUUAUUGAAUCUUAAAUUUAUUCUACUUGUGAAUUGUGAGUUGUUGGUAACAGUGCAUUAAUAUGUCUCUGUUUGGGUCCUUGAUGGCCGACGUGGAGGACGAUCCAUUUUUCGGGUCGCACAUGCGGCACAUGCGUCAGAUGAACAACAUGAUGAACUCUCUGUUCGCGGACCCCUUCGGGAUGUUCGGUGGUGAGAACCACAUGGCGAUUAUGGGACCACGGCAUAACACCGCAUUGAUGCCAUUUAUGCCACAAAUGCCUUCGAUGAAUCGACUUUUUAGAGAUAUGGAUGGUGGAAAUAUGAGUGCAGGCAGCUCUUUCAGCAGCAGUACCGUUGUGAUGUCCAGUGGUCCGAACGGUAAACCCCAGGUGUACAGUUCUACAAGCAGUACAAAAGUUGGUCCCAAUGGUAUUAAAGAAACCCGCAAGACACUCCAGGACUCAAGAACUGGCACAAAGAAAAUGGCCAUAGGCCACCACAUCGGCGAGCGGGGCCACGUGAUCGAGCGCGAACAAAACGUAUACACGGGGGACGCUGAGGAGCGCCAGGAGUUCAUCAACCUCGAGGAGGAGGAGGCCGCAGACUUUGACAGGGAGUUCCAGAACAAAGCCGGCAUGGCGACGGGGCGACCCCGCGCUGCCAUCGCCCCGGCCCCCGCCCCCGCCCCCGCGCGACAACACGAGCGACUCGCUCUGCCCGCGCCGCCACCGCACCGGGCCGCGCCCGCACCGCGUCGCGCCCUGCGCACCGCCCGCGCCGGCGCCAGCCCGCUCGCCUGCCCGCACAGUGGGGUACGCGAGGUGUACGGCGGUUCGCACCCUCAACGACACAGGGCGCGCUCGUACCGCCCCCACCGACACGUGACGUACCAUUAAAACGUUUACUGGCAACACUGUGAAGGGGGCUUAUCUGUAUUCCGAUGUUGCCAUGUUCUGUUGGAAAAGUUUCCUUUUGUUUUUUUUUGUCACGAAUAUUUUCGUUGUUUACAAAUGUCAAAAUUCAAUGUGGUUUCGAUUUGUUUUUGCAAAAAUUUCUAAUUUAUAAUAUGUUUUUGAUGGUUCGUUUUUAGGUUUACUAUGAAUUUCCGGUACAUGUAUGUAUUGUAAAUGUGGAUAAGCUCCCUUUGGCGAAAAACGUACGAUGGAUAUGCGAAGCGAUAGCGACUAUCUAUAUGUUUAUAAUUUUUGAGGUUUAGAAAAAUGUCAAGUGGAUUUAAUGUCAUCGCGUAGCUACGAAGUGGAAGAACAGAUAAGUUCAUUACACUGGAACUAGUGUUUUAGUUUCAUGCGUUCAAACUAGAUGGCGUUAAACUGGACGGAGCACAUAUGUGUUUGGCUUUGAGAAUUUAUCGUGAUGGCAUUACCUGCACCGGAUCAUCAACCUUAAGUCGAAUUGCGUACCGUUUAAAAUCGAUCGAUUCCUUUUAAUAGUUUUGAAGGUUAUAAAAAAGUUUAGGUAGUAAGUAUUGGCAGCGAGCAAACGUUAUCGGAACGUGAAGCGUGCUCACGAGUGCUCAAUUUUGUUUGUCCCUUUGCAAUGUAUUGUCGAAGGUUUUACUGCAAGUUGUAUGGACUGUCUAGGAGAAUGCUAAUAACCUUCAAAACGUUUGCGAUUGACGUUUAAUAUAACGAUCUUAGUUUAUUAUUAUUAUUAUUAUUAUUAUUUUACGUAUAAAUUAGUUUAAAAUAAGUUCCUUUUUACGUAUAUUUCAGCGAGCACGUUCGAUCUCGCAGUUUGAGCGUUUGAACAGAUUUGUUUUUGUGUCGAUUUUCGGAUUUACAGUCACAAAACUUAUGUAAAAGGUUAACGAUUGUGUGAGAUUCAAUGAAGUUCGUUGAAGCGUUAUAUUUAAAGUAUAGCCACUUUUUUCGUGCACGCGCUGCGUCGCAUCGCAUAGCUAUAGUGUAGUACUAAUCAACCAGUAGUCGUAUAAAAACAUACAGCCUUCCCUAUUGUACCAAAAGAUCCAACUGGAUGGUUAUAUUGGUUAUGCUGUAACCAACAUGAUACUGAUUAAGUAUAGCCGAAAGCUGAUCAGCUUGGACCGAUUUAAAAAAAUGUAGAAGCAUCGUUUUGUCACUGUGUUUCAGUUUACAUAUUAUUAUUUAGUUUUCAUUUUUUUUUAACGUCGCUAUCGCAAAUGUUCUAGAAUGUUUUUUUCUUUUCACUUAACAACUGAUCAAAAUUA